AGAGCUCGCGUCCGCAUAUCGGGCCGCUCUCACCGAGAGCAAUUUUCAAAAUAAAAUCGCGACUGACAGUGUAAGCUGGAAUUUUAUUCCCCCAUCUGCGCCGCAUUUCGGCGGACUGUGGGAGGCUGGUGUAAAAAGUGUGAAACAUCAUCUCCGCCGCCUAGUCAAAAACGAGACGCUCACAUUCGAGGAAUUCACGACGCUUCUUUGUCGAAUAGAGGCGUGCUUGAAUUCGCGACCUAUAGCGCCGCUAAGCGACCAUCUCGACGAUUACGAACCCUUGACUCCGGGCCAUUUCCUAAUCGGUUCUGCUAUCACAACGACUCCUGAACCAUCGUUGCUCAAUCUGAAGGAAAGUCGGUUGUCACGAUGGCAACGCGUGCGAUUAAUGACCGAAAAAUUCUGGAAACUCUGGCAAAACGAAUAUGUCAACACACUCCAGCAACGAGUCAAAUGGAAGCGCAAACAAGAAAUAAUAAAGGUCGGUCAGAUGGUUCUCUUGCGCAAGCCAGAUUUGCCUCCCUGCAAAUGGGAGCUCGGGCGCAUUACGCAAUUACACUCUGGUUCAGAUGCAUUACCUCGCGUCGUGUCAAUAAAAACAGCGUCGUCCGAAUUCAAGCGCCCAAUCACAAAAUUAUGUUUAUUACCUCUCGAUAGCGAGCCAACGAACACUCCAUCGGUGUAA